CUUUUGUGGGCCUGAAUUUUGAUUGCUUCUUUUUGUUGAAUUGGAUGUUUAAAAAUUUUAGUUUUUGAUUUCUGUGUUUUGUUUGUUAUGUGAUAACUCUUUCUGGGUUUGUUGUUUUUUUGUUGAUUUAUGGAGGAACUUGACUGUGUUAACUGUGUCUAACUGUGUUAAUGUGUGUAAAGUUUUUAAGUUUUUAGCUUUGUUUCCAUUGAUUGUAGAGUAAGGGACUGGUUUAGAUUAACCAAGAGUUAAUUAUUAACUGUUAAUUGGAGUUAGAUAAGAUUGGUUAUUGGGACCACUUGCUGUGACAACGGUGAUAUACAUACACACGUUUAUUAUCUUCAAAGAUCACAUAAAAAGUACCUACCUUGUUUUCCUUUUACUAAUUUUUUCUGUGUAUUUGAAUGAUUAUAUCCACUCAUGUUUGAAUAUGUGUCCGAGUCGGAGCAACAUAGGUCGGUCAAUGAGAAUGUUGCAGCAGUAGCAGAAUACUUGAUCACUGUCAAAAUUUAUGGAUUGGGGAGGCGGGGAUUCGGAAUUAGCUAACUUUUGUGUGGUUUUCUUUUCUUGGGAUAAUAUUCUGGUUGUUAAUGGCCGAUGAUAUUCACCAUAAAAACUGUUUAUCUUACAGUUGUGGUUCUUGUGGGUAUGAGCUAAACCUAAGUUCGUCUAGUCGAAACACCGCAACAAUUGGCUCUAAAUACGGAAAAUCAAUAAAGAGAGGGAUUAUAUCAUUCUUUAGUAUAGAUGAGAGCAAAUUUAUGCAAGUUGAUGAGUUCCGAUGGGGUCCUUACUUUUCGAAGCAUUCGUGGGGUUUGUUCCGCCGUAGAACCAAGCUUCUUUGCCGCAAGUGUGGCAACCAUAUUGGAAAUGCUUAUGAUGAUAGAACUUCCGAUCACCCUCUAUUAUUAGAUGGAUCGGAUUCAUUGUCCAGUAAUGAAGCUUCUACUCGUAGAAAAUUUGAUGUUCGAAUCCGAGCCCUACAACCUUCAUUUGCCGAAGAGCUCGGCACUCCACAUUCUAUGUGAUUCUACUAGAAUGCUGUCUUCAUCAUUCUUGUAAUUGCAUUAUCUACGUGAAGCGUUUUCUUAUCGGAUUGUUAUUUUCUACAGUGUUUGAGUCCCCCCAUUCUCCGUUUCUUUGUCUCGAAGACUCGGUAUCAUAGAAUGGUACUUGUCUGAUAUGAAUACAGUAGCAAGGAUAGAUAUGAGAUUUGAAGUAUUUAAAUCAAACAUAAAAUAUAGUCUUCUCAAAGUACAAACAAAAUUUUUAUAAAUGUAAAUUUUGACUUAUGAGAUUUAAUAUUUUUACCGGUUUUAGUAUA